ACUGCUCUCGCUGCAGACAUCUCGCAAUCGCACAGGGAGCAGCAACUCGCACCACCGCUUCAAGGUUGCAUGUGCAACAGCUAAGGCUAAGCGGAAUUUAAACUAGGCUCAUUUAAAGUCAGCCCACUCCGAAACACCGCCACCGGGCUCCAACGAGUAGCGAGCCAUCCCGACAGCUCCCCAUUCUACGAUCGCGUCAGUUUUGAUCGACAGUGUGAUCGCAGCAGGUGUAAAAGUGCCCAGUGACAAGUGCUCUUAUCGCGGUACUGCAAAAGCCAAUUAAUCUACACGACUGUCAGUACCCAGUGAUGCAUCAGCGGCUGAUCGUGAUCGCUUGUGCGCUGUUACUCACCGCCGAUCUAGUGUUUAGUGAAAACGCAUUUAUUGAUAGUGCACCGGAAGGAUACUACGACCGUAAAUCGUUAGCUGAUUGUCCGAGCCGAUUCUACAGUGAGGAUGUGUCCAGCGCUCUCGGAUUCUUUAUUUUUGGAGGACGUCGUGCUUUUCUCAAAGAAUUUCCUCACAUGGCGGCGAUUGGAUGGACGGACAAGACCGUAUCACCACCGGUAGUGCAGUACAAAUGUGGUGGAUCACUGAUAGCUGCCAAAUAUGUUCUAACGGCCGCUCACUGCAAGGUGGAUGACGAAAAAAUUCCACCCGAUACAGUGCGUCUCGGCGAUACAAAUCUAGCUACCACCGAGGACGACGAAACCGCACAGCAGUUUAAAAUCGUUAGCUUUACUGUGCAUGAAAAGUUUAAGAAGAACCGCAAGUAUUAUGACAUCGCGCUCAUAGAGCUAGAUCGUGAGGCGAAGUUCAAUACAGCUGUGUGUCCUAUUUGCCUAUGGCCACACGAUAACAUCCAUGAGUAUAGUUCCAGCUUGCGAGCAAUUGGAUUCGGAUUUACUACUUACACAUCGGGAAUGAGUCCAACAUUGCAAAAAGUGUCACUCAAUUAUUACGAUUCCGAUUCCUGCAACAACGAACUGCCGAAGGAUGCUCGCUUACGGUACGGACUUACGUCUGACCAAUUCUGCACGAAAACUCCACACAAAGACGCAUGCUUGGGAGAUUCCGGUGGGCCGUUACAGAUCGACCUGUCGGAUGUAACGCGCACGAUACCGUAUCUUACGGGCGUAGUGUCCUUCGGAACGGGCUGUUGGGAUGGUUCUAUGGGUGUGUACACGAAGGUGGCCAGCUACAUAAAUUGGAUCCGCGAGCGCGUAAAUGUUACCGUCGAUCCGAUUGAGUGUGCCAGAAACACGGAGUGUCUAGCGGCAAGAUCGUUUUCCGACAGUCGACUAAGUCCGCAAAAUAAUUCACCCUUCUUUAAGGUAAAUCUACGCAAAGCAGACAACAGCUCAUUCCAUCAGUGCAGUGGAGCUCUAAUCGAUUACCGGCAUGUCGUCACAUCGGCCACCUGUGCCAUACGCAACAACCAGAAACCAGCCUUUAUAGAGGCAAACAAGGAGAUGGUCGAGAUAGUGGACAUCGACGUGCAUCCCAAAUUUGUUGCCGGGAAAAAUUACCACAAUCUAGCCGUGCUAACGCUUGCCAAGUUUUACAACCCGAACAAAAUCUAUCAAAUUAUUGCACCAGGUUGCAUUUGGAAGGAGGAGCGCAUCUCCGAUCCGAUUGUGUUCUUUUCUGGGUACGGGCCCGAGGUGAAGAAUGAUCCGGAAGAUGUGGCAAAGAAUGUCUCGCUCAAAGUAUUGGUAGCGCUGGUGACGGAGAAUGGCCGCUGUGAGGCAAGUGAUGCGUGGAAAGUGAAUAGCACACUCUGGUCAGGAUUCAACAGUGACUUCCUGUGCACCUUCAAUCCGAUCGAUCUGGUACCGGGCAUCUGUAAGCUGGAACCAGGUGGUGCCGUGUCCAACUUUCGGCGCGACAAUAUUGUGCCAUAUGUGUACGCGGUCAACAACAUGGAUGAGGGUGAAUGCGGCGGAACACAGAAUCUCUUCGUUGCAACACGUCUUGCUCCGUUUUACGAUUGGAUUGAGUCGAUUAUUUUAAGACAUCUGCCUGAAAACGAUCCAAUUCUAACCUCAAUACGUUUUGGAGGUGAUGAGGCCGACACACCCAGUGUCGAUACAUCCACAUCGAACGAGAUCGAUCAAAUUUUUCAUCAAAAUCGUAUAGAUGUGAUCGCGAACCACAUUAAACCUUACGGUGAUGAUUUAAUGAAGAGUAGACCUCAGACCACGAAAGUAAACAUAUAUCAUCAAUCAUUGGACAAUGUCCCAGAAACAUAUGAAGUGUACGGCCCUCAUACCCCUCAUUCACAAAAGCUUGUGCAUCCAUUCCAGACGUCACCCAAGACGAAACAAUCAGUCCUAGUGCCACCAGUACAAAACACUAUCCACAAUAAUGAUGUACAUAUUGAGCUGAUUCCUUCCGUUGAACUACCUCCGACACACAUCAUCCAUGGGCAGAGACAUCCUCAAGCCGUCCACAGUAGUCCCUCUGCACCGUACUCACCGUACACUAGCCAGAAUCACUUCCAAUCGGUAGUUCCGUACGGUCCGAGCAUGUCCGGUCAAAGGGUCGAUUACCAGGGACCGAACUCACCCCACCCGGCGGUCGAUCAUAACCAUCUGGUGUCGAUUAUUCGGUCGAUUGAGCUGUACGAGAACGGGCAUUGCACACUUCCGACCGGAGCUCCCGGCAGGUGUCUGCACUAUACGCGCUGUCCUUCGAUGUACUGGAAUCGCCAAAAUGUGGACGUGUUUCUUCGCUUGAACUUGAUACCACUCUGCAAUCGUGGGCAAGAAACGGUCUGCUGUCAGGUAUGAGCACACAAUCCCGCACACAGUAUUUAUACAUUGCCGAUAUCGGUGUAAACACAACACCUCAGUAGUCAGUAAAGUAACAGAAACAUGAGUCACAAUAAAAUGUAUUUAUUAUUCAAGUGUAAUUAAAACCAUAAAACA